AUGCAGGCAGUAAAUCUGGAGCCAUCUGCCCCUCUCCCCACUGUGUAUCUUUGUCAAACACACGGAGAAAUCGCACCCAGACGCAGGAUUACAGGCAGGAGCGCAGCCAACAUGGAGGAGCCCCCCGCCCCCCAGUUCGUGGUUCGGCCGCGGGACCAGAUCGUGGCUCAGGGACGCACCGCCACCUUCCCCUGUGAGACCAAAGGGAACCCGCAGCCUGCAGUCUUCUGGCAGAAGGAGGGCAGCCAGACAGGAGAGGACCGGCACGAGACCAGGAAAGAGACAGGAGAGGACCGGCACGAGACCAGGAGAGAGACAGGAGAGGACCGGCACGAGACCAGGAGAGAGACAGGAGAGGACCGGCACGAGACCAGGAGAGAGACAGGAGAGGACCGGCACGAGACCAGGAGAGAGACAGGAGAGGACCAGCAUGACACCGGGACAAUCCCUCACGUCUAA